UAAAUGCAACUAAAAAUAGGUGUGAUUGUUAGUUCUGGAUGCGUGUUUGUUCAUUUCUAAAAAUAAUAUAUUCGUUACUUUUUCGAAAAAUAAAUUUUGGGUUAAAAAAUGUCUAGAGGCGUGGAAGAUAUACCUUUAAAAGAUAGGUAUACUGAUUCUAGGCAUGCAAUUAUUUUCAACCAGUGCGAUGAAAACAGAGACGGAUUUAUUUGCUUCCGUGAAUUGGAAAACUACAUCAGUAUCCAUUACGAUGAAUGUAGUUGUAUACCUGAAAGGGUACUCAAAAAAAUUCACAAAAAAGCAGACGCUGAUGGGAAUAAACUAUUGAAUUUCGAAGAAUUUGUAGAGUUGUUGGAAAGCAAAGGUUUAGAAUAUCAUCUUCACAGAUGUAUUGCGUCGUACCUUCAUCACUUAGUACCUCACCCGAAAAAAACAACUGCACCGUUUCAACUGAGAUCAAUAAGAAUCGAAAAAGAUGACGAACACAACCUUUGCAAUGAGUAUUCCUGUUGUCCUCCGCCAAUUUUUAUGUUUUUGAUAUCCGUUUUGGAAUUCGCCCUUUUCAUUACCGACGAAUUGACGCAAAAAGAUUCCACAUUGACAGCCACCGGAGUUACGGGGAAGUACCUGCUGUAUGAUCCGUUCAAGAAACGGGAAGUUUGGAGGUUUUUGACGUACAUGUUCGUGCACAUCGGGUACAAUCACAUAAUCAUGAACCUUAUAGUUCAGUUGGCUCUAGGAAUACCUCUGGAAAUGGUUAACAAAUGGUGGCGAGUUUUGACUGUGUACUUUUUGGGAGGCAUAGCCGGUUGCUUGGCGCACGCCGUCAUCGAUGGAAGCGUUCGAUUGGGAGGCGCCAGCGGCGGAGUUUAUGCACUUAUGACGGCUCAUCUGGCACAAGUUAUAAUGAAUUGGAGCGACCUUCCUUUUGCUUACGUGCAAUUCAUAGUGUUCGGAAUCAUAAUAACGGUGGAUCUGGGCUCAGCGGCGUAUCAUCGCUAUUACAUGAAUGUGGUCAACGAAAUCGGCGUCACCUGUCACUUGGGCGGAGCGCUAGCCGGGAUCCUAGUCGGGAUAUACAUUUUAAAGAACGUUCAUGUUACAAGUGCGGAAAAUUAUAUUUGGUGGAGCGCUUUGGUUGUUUACGUGUUGCUCACGGGAGGUGCUAUAUUAGCUGUGAUUUUUACGUGAGAAUAUAUUGUUAAUGUAGGAUUAUAGAUGAACCAACGGGUAACUGGUCAUUGCAGUAGUCAUGAAAAUGAGUAUACAAACAUUUAGCGACCAUAUUAGGAAUUAUAAACCUGACUGCCCAGCUACUCUUUAAUUUUAGAUUUUUGAAAAAAAAUAAUACUUAUUUCAUCUAACAAGAACAAUCCCAGCUACCAGUUUCGUCUUUUGCCUUGGAGCACGAGCCCAGAGAGCUCUCUCGGCCUGUAGGGGUCCUGAAAUGCCGAAACUCAGUGCCCAUAUAAAUUUUAAAAAACACAUUGGUUUCUUAGUAUAUCUAUAUUUUAAAUGUGACCAUAAAUAAUAUGAUAAUAAUUCAAUGUAGUUGACAACGUCGCCAAGAGGUGCUUCUCUUAUAUCAGCCGAUACUCGCCAAACACAAAUCUUCUAAUAAAUGAGAGCGUCGGGCAAUCGUAGAGGAUAUGCUCGAUAGUCUCAUCUUCCUGUUCGCACCCCCUGCAGAGUGCGGAUUCUGACAACCCCAUGAUAUGGAGGUGCUUCCGUACUUCACAAUGAGCAAGCGUAGAUUCUGUCUAGUCAUAGUCAAGUAUUUGUUUGCUACAGUGUUGUCAGGAUAACUUAAGAACUCCCUGGCAACUCUGCAGUUUUUUGCAUCAUCCCAUAUUUCCUUGAAUUUUACAGGGGAAUGUUCUUUAAUUAGGUCUGUCACUAGCGAUGUUGUUAGGCCAAUAGAAGGACCAGGUCCAAAAAGUAUUUCUUGGCCAGUGAAUCAGCAAGAUGGUUACCUUUCGAUGUGGCCAAGGUCAAUGUACGGGGAACUAUAAUUAAAUGGCCUAAUAUAUACAAAUAAAUACCAUUAUUGAUUGUUUAUUAAUUAGGAUUCAAAAUUCCGAUUCAUUGUUAAGUUUAUUAUAAUUAUAAUAAUACUCUCCCUAAUUCACCCCCUUACGAAUCAAUUUCAAACCCUGAAGCCGACUUGUGUAGGGGUAGCACUGUUGCCAACCUUGAAGUAAGAUUUUUCCCACUUUUUUGAAAUCCCGGACCUUUGUAAAAUUUGUAAACAAAAAGUCUUCAGCCUCAUUUUAUAAAACAAGUCCUUUACAGUUUCUAAAAAAAAGUCCUCAGAUUUUAUAAGUUUGUAUCAUAAAUAAAUCUUUUAACAAUACUUUAAAAAUACGUCAAACAAUUAACAAAUUUUAUUUUAUUUUUCAAAUCAUACAUUUUUCACAUUGUAGACUGGAGUAAAAAAAUUCCCGUUUUUAGUUAACUUUUCCAUUUUUCCCCUUUUUCCCUUUUGUUAAAAAUUCCCGCAAAACGGGAAAUUUCCUUCCGGUUGGCAACACUGAGGGGAAGGGCUAUUAUUAUUUGCCGUGGCGCUCCAGGGCGACUUAACCUAGCCCAUCAUGGAAACGGUAACGCAUGGCGAUUUUUAUAAUCUGGAUGUCAUAUCAACAUAAAUUAAAUUUCUGUUAAUACGGCAUCCAUCAAAUCCUUUAGAGAACCAUGCAACUAAAUUCACAUGAUCUUCUGUAGGAUUUGAAGCCGGGUGUGUCUACGCUACCGUCUUGACCAAACCAAUGAACUGGAGUGGGGUAGAAAGCCAAUGUGCAUAUUGUAUCAAUAGAACAAGAUGUGGAUUGAACGCAGCCAUUUUUAUUUCUUAUCUCACUUGGGAGUAUUUAUAAUAGCCAUUUUCUGUUUCACAUUGUUAUUGUUCAAUCCACAAGCUGGUGGAUCAGACAAUAACAAAAAGAAAAUGGUUGUUAUAAAUACUUGCGAGUGAGAUGAAAAAUAACCUGUCUUCGCUCAGAGUCUCAUCUCAAGCCUAUUGACAAGCAUUCUACCCCACUCCAGUUCAUUGGACCAAACCAAUACAUAUUAAGUAAAUAUUAGGUAUACUUACCUAUUUUCAUGACUAUCAAAAUGACCAAUGUAUUUCUGACGAAAGCUCUUAUAUUUUAUAAAGAAAAGUUAAAAUGUUUCUAUUUUAGACGUAUUUAUGACAAAAUAAGUUAUUUAUUUAGCUGAAAACUGCCUAUAUGUUAUAUUCUUUUUUUAUAUACUGAAUUUUUAAACAAUGAGACAAAUAAAAUUAAAUCUGC